UGAUAAAGAUGCAAAUGAUGAUGAUGAUGAUGAAGAGGAAGAUGACAUUGAUGAAGAUGAUACAGAUGUUUCCCCAGUGUCUCAGGAGAGUGAAGAACAGCCACCAGCUAAAAGAAAAAGGACAGCCAGUAAAAAAGGAAAAGAAGACAAAAAGAAGAAGAAAAGUAAAAAGAAUUAUGAAAGGAAAAAUAUCAGAAAAAUCCUGAGCGAUGAUAAACUAGCUGAAGAUACAAUCAAUGCCCAGCAGGAGGAAAAAGAACGCCAGCAACGUCUAGCUGAUUUAAAACGCACACUACUAGCCCAACAAGCUUUGCAGCAAAAUCUUGGGUUCCAAGGCAGACAAUUUCCCCCAAAUGUCAUAACUCAAGCAGAGAAGAAAAAAGAAUGCCCCCAGUUAAAAGGGCUACUUGAAGCAUCUGAUGGAGGGAUUCAGAGCUCUGUGCCUAAAGAUCCAGAUGUUAUUGAGUUGUCCAGUGACGAAGAUGAUGACGUUGUGAUGAUGGCUGAACAACAGGGGGAGUUUGAUGAGGACGAUAAUGAGGAUCCAAACAAUUCUGGAGCACAUAUAAAUGAUGCUCAUAACAGACCUGAUGAGCAAGGCCGUGUGAUGGUGAAUGUUGGACAUCCCCCUGAUGAACCCCCAGUCUAUCUGGCUCCUCAGUUAUCAAGGGCUGUAAAACCCCAUCAGAUUGGUGGCAUUCGGUUUCUGUAUGAUAAUUUGGUGGAAUCCAUUGAACGAUAUAAAAUCAGUAAUGGCUUUGGAUGUAUAUUAGCCCACUCUAUGGGACUAGGAAAGACAAUUCAAGUUAUUUCAUUCAUAGACGUCUUUCUACGCACAACGGAGGCAAAAAGAGUGUUGUGUAUCGUUCCAGUAAACACUCUCCAAAACUGGGUCGGGGAAUUUAACAUGUGGCUUCCUGAUAAGAAAUGUCUCCCUGACGAUACUCCAGAACAGGAAGUACUGCCUCGACAAUUCAACAUCCACAUUAUCAAUGAUACUCACAAAACACCGUACUCCCGAGCAGCUGUUGUAGAGAACUGGUAUAAAAUAGGAGGUGUUCUAUUACUGGGGUAUGAAAUGUACCGACUAUUAACAUCACGUAGGAUAAUCAAAAAGCGUAUGUCCAAAAAGAAAGCACAUUUACCAGUGGUGAUAGAUUUAGAAGAAGAGGAUAGAAAUCAGGAAUUAAUAGUUGAUAUGCAAGCUUGUUUAGUGACACCGGGUCCAGAUCUUAUAAUUUGCGAUGAAGGCCACAGAAUCAAGAAUGCACAUGCCAGUAUAUCACAGGCAUUGAAAAACAUUCAGACCAGGCGCAGAGUAGUCUUAACUGGUUAUCCUCUUCAAAACAAUCUCAUAGAAUACUGGUGUAUGGUGGAUUUUGUACGUCCUAGCUUUCUCGGUAACAAGACAGAAUUUGCCAAUAUGUUUGAAAGACCAAUUACCAAUGGACAAUGUGCAGAUGCCACUGAUCAGGAUAAACGUCUGAUGAAAUUCCGAGCCCAUGUGCUUCAUAGUCUGCUUGAGGGCUUUGUUCAGAGACGUGGGCAUGCUGUAUUGAGAUCCAGUUUGCCAGUGAAACAUGAGUAUGUCCUGAUGGUGCGUAUGUCUCCAAUUCAACGGCAGCUUUAUAACAGAUUCAUGGAAGUCAUAGAGGACCCAAACAUGUUUGGAAACAAUCCACUAAAAGCAUUUGCUGUUUGUUGCAAGAUAUGGAACCACCCUGAUAUUAUCCAGGAAAUUGUCAAGGCUCAUAAAGAGAAUGACUUUGAUCUUGACCUUGAUGAGGGUUCAAGGUCAAAUGAUGGAACAGCCAAGAAGAAAACAGCUACUACUAAGUCUCCCAAAUCUCAAUCACCAUAUUUCCCAGGAAUGGAGGGCUUGGAGCCCCCUCCUGGCCUCUUUGGACCAGAGAAGUCAGAUGGAAGGAUAACUUAUGAAUGGGCAGAAGAUCUACUGAGGAACUAUGUUAGAGGAGACAUCAAUAAUGGUGGCAAGAUGCAGUUACUGUUGAACAUUCUGGAAGAGUCAGUCAUGGUGGGAGAUAAGAUGUUACUCUUCAGUCAAAGUUUGUUUACAUUGAACCUUAUAGAGGAGUACCUAGGGAAAAGUGAGGUUCCUCUUACUAAUGACAAGUGGGCUAAGAACAGAAAUUACUUCAGGUUGGAUGGCAGCACCUCUGCCUCAGAGCGUGACAAAUUGAUCAAUCAGUUUAAUGACCCUCAGAACACCAACGUGCAAUUAUUCCUCUUGUCAACUAGGGCUGGAUGCCUAGGUAUAAACCUGAUUGGUGCAAAUAGAGUGAUCAUCUUUGAUGCCUCGUGGAAUCCCUGUCACGACUGCCAGGCUGUGUGUCGUGUCUACCGUUAUGGUCAAACUAAAGAGACCUUUGUAUAUAGAUUUGUGACAGACAAUACCUUGGAGCGGAGGAUAUAUGAGAGACAAAUCAACAAGCAGGGAAUGUCAGAUCGUGUUGUUGAUGAACUUAACCCACAGAAUCAUUUCACUAAGAAACAAGUGGAGACAUUAUUGCAGUAUCAGGAUGUAGAAUUGCCAUUGAUCAACUUCAACAACUUUGAUGGGGUGUGUCAUGAUCCUUUACUCUUGAAUGUACUAAAAAGAGAUGGCCAUUGGAUCACAAAGGAGCCAUUUACCCAUGAAUCAUUACUGGUUGACAAUAAGGAACAAAAAUUGACAAAGAGUGAAAAGAGGCUAGCCAAACAGGGGUACGAAUAUGAGAAGAAGAUGAACACUACCUAUUCUCGACCCUCCUACUCCACAUGGUAUCCUAAAACAUCAACUGGUGCCAACCCAAAUCUCAACAUUUCAAGAUCUACAAUGCCUGGACUGGCAGGCAGGCUCCCUAGUCGGCAUAUCCCCAGUGUCAAACCCCUCCAGAGUGCUCCCAUUCCUAUGCAGCCAUCCUUCUCCGAUUCAGGGCCACCUAUCAAUGUUCAGUCUCUACAGCGCCCUGGCGUACAUGUGCAGCAGAUCAUUACUACGACAGAUAUCACAAUUCCUGGAACAACGUCCUCCACCACCAGUGGGCCCCAGAAAGUACCUGCUGGAUCUCAAGUUCUCGUCAUCAAAACCCCAAGAGGUGUCUACAUUCGCACAGGCCAGGGGAAAAUAUUUGCAGUCAGGUCAGCUCCUAACAGUAAAGGUGAUUCAACGCCCCCACUAGGUGGAGCUACUGGUUCAACAACAUCAACAACGACAACAUAUUCUGAUGGGGAUAGCUUAGCCAGCAGUGGUGACAGACCCCUUAGUUUAACUACAAACUCCUCCAAAUCAAAAUCAAUGCUUACCAACCUGUUGGAACAAUCCAGUGGAAUUCGUGACAUGAUGAAUGGGGUCUCCAAUGAAGAAAAAUCAGCUGAUGGACAAUCUCCAAGCUCGGACUUAAAAAACUAUGAUGAUACUCCAAAAUCUGAACAAAUUAUAAACCACCAGACUCUGUCUGGUGGAGAAACUAUUGUGGCUCCAUCUGUUACUCAACACAAGAAACAACACCCAUUUGACAUGGACAGUUUGUUAUCACAACAGCAGACAGGAAAUGGUGAUUCUUCACAACCACACUCGUCACAUGCAGAUGGUGGUGACAUGUAUUCCAAAUAUGAUAACAUGAGGAACAGCCCAUUUGGAGGAUUCCCUUCUAACCCCUAUUCCUUUCCUGGGUUCAGUAACCCCUUACCCCCUUCAUAUCCUUACCCACAAAAUGUUCCCUUACCUCCCUGGCCUGGUUUCCCUCAAAGCAUUCCCUCCACUGAUACUAAACAGACACCAGAGAAAAAAUAACUGGUUUUGAAACAUUUAAAUCUAUAUUUUGCAGUAUUAUUGUAUUUAUUAUCAAUGUAAUAAUUGAAUAGUAUUUUCUGAUUCAUGAAAAUGUAGAUAUCAUGCAAAAAUGUCUCCAUGUGUGUGAUUUGUGUAUUACACAGUGACCUCUUUAGUACUAAGUAUUAUUUAUCACUGUAUGCAAUGUUGCAUUUGUGAUCAAAAUGCCUUUUAAUUAUAAUUACUUGAUUGAGUAUACUAAUAGUAUGACAUUUUGUAACCUUCUUUUGGUGCCAAAUAUUCUAGAAUAGUACUGUUGUUUGGAGUAUGUAUAAUCGUUGUCCCAAUGUGUUAGUCUAUGUAUGUAGUUUGAAUAUUUGAGUUGCCUGAAAUUUUUUACCAUUGGUUACAAAAUGUCAAAUAAUGUUUUUGCACUCUUCAGAUAUGCGAAACAGAGUCUCCACUUCCCAGCUCUAGAAUAGGUUUAUGAAAAACAAUUAUUUAUUUGUUCCUAUACAUAUCCUGAAGAAGGCCCUGAAACAAUAACUCUUAAACAAGGUCAAUCAAAAAGACUUGCUAAAGAAAGGGCCUUCUCUGUUUCUCCAUGAAGCACUUUAUUUUUUCUGGUAGAUGGCCCACCAGUCGUUAAAUCCCACUAUUUGUAUGUGUGCAGACAUUUUAGUAGACCGAGUUCAGAUCACCUUCACUUUAAUAAUGUAAUAAUAAAUAGACACUUGAAAUCCAUUGAAAAAUGUUUUGAGUUUGAGCACUAGUAUCUAUUGCAUCCUGCAUUUCCUAGUCAACUGUAAAAUAAUGUUUACGCAGUUUUAUUUCAUUUGGUAAAAAUAAGUUGGAUAAAAUGUGACAAAAUGAGAAAUGUUUUAUGUGAAUCCAUGCAAGAAUACCAAAGAUUGUACAUGUUCAUGUAUAUGUAGUUGUACAUGUAUAUAGUUGUACAUAUGUAGUUGUACGUUAGUUGUACAUGUAUAUAGUUGCACAUCUACAUAGUUGUACACCUGCAUGCAAAUAAUUAUACAUGUAAUAUAUUGUUAUGAACAUAAAAAGUAACACAUAUAUACAACUAUACAUGUAUAUGGUUGUACACAUACUCGUAGUUGUACAUUUGGACAUGUUAUUGUACACACACAGUGCGACCAAAACAUGGUGAUUUUUCCUAACUAUCACCACCAUUCACAUCCAGGUUUAUGACUGUUACUUGUGAUAGAUUUAACAAGUGAGUGAUUGCAAAAGCUCACCAUGUGAGCUAAAAAGAGGGACAGAUCAUUAUAUAAUCCAUUGUAUGAUCUUGACCUCUUUCAAGAGUUCUUUGGAAUAUUGAGCAAAUUUUCAUUCAAAUAUCAUCGAGACAUAUCCUCAGCAUCCAGCAAAUGAAAAUGUUACCAAUUUUGUGAAAUUUGAUUCCCAAAAAGGAUUUAUUUCAGAGUAUUCCAAAUCCAUUGCAAUAAGUUUCCCAAUCUGAAAUUGACAUUGAGAUCCAACUUCCCGUUGACCUUCUAUAACCUUUUAGUUUCUUAAGGUCAUAUUUUUCAAAUCUUUAUUUGACUUUAAAAUGAUUAGUUAAAACAAUAUAAAAGGACCUUAAAAAUAAAAGGUCAGUAAACUCAAAAUGUUGAGUGUCAAAGGUUCAAAUGUCAAUCUUGAGGAAAUCAGAAUUGAUAGACAAGAACUCAAAAAUUAUUUAGCCAAAACAAAAUGUAAAACAGGUUUGUAGAUAUUUUACAAUGAUGUAUUUCUUCUCAUUCAUUUGUGGUUAUAUUACAAGAAUGUAAAGUUCUUUGAAAUUUUUUUUCUACAGUUGCAAGUGUAUAUAACAUAACAUGAAGAAAUAUACAUAGAGUAGAAUGUAAUUUAUAGAUUAGAUUAUGCAUGAAAAUAUGAGUUUAUUUAUUUGUAAAUAUAUGGAUGAGAUGGUGAUGCUCCAAACAGC